AUGCAGGUCCCCGCAGGAGCCAUCCGAUCGGCGGUCCGUCAGAGCACAAGCGCAUUCUCGAGGUGGGCAUCAUGCCAACACCACCAACAGCACCGUCUCCAUGCACGGGCAACAGCAUCAGUAACACCGGCAAAUAAGGCGUUUAUGCCUAUCCAGUCAACUCGCUGGUACAGCUCACAUGCGCAUAAGGCGGACGAGGCGAUCAAGAACGCCAGGAACAUUGGAAUCAUUGCGCAUAUCGAUGCAGGAAAGACGACGACUACUGAACGCAUGCUUCAUUAUGCUGGAUUCACUCGCAGGAUCGGUGAUGUUGACAGUGGAGAUACUAUUAUGGACUACAUGAAACAGGAGCGGGAAAGAGGCAUUACCAUCACCUCUGCAGCAAUCACAUUCGGUUGGAAAGACCACCGCAUCAACUUGAUCGACACACCCGGGCACGUCGAUUUCACCAUUGAAGUCGAGCGUUCCAUCCGUGUCCUCGACGGAGCCGUCACCAUUUUGGAUGCUGUCGCAGGAGUGGAGGCUCAGACAGAGACAGUGUGGCAGCAGGCCGCUCGGCAUGGGAUCCCUAGGAUUGCAUUCGUCAACAAGAUGGACCGCGCUGGAGCUGGAUUUGGUAGGACUGUGCGAGAGAUGAGGACACGUUUGGGGUGCCGCCCUGUGGUUGUUCAGAUCCCAUUGAUGGAGUCUCUUCAAGGAUCCAACGAUACCCAGUUCAACGGAGUGGUUGAUGUUCUCACUAUGGAGGUCCUUCGCUGGGAUUCGAACUCGAAGGGUGCCAAUAUGAUCAGGUCUCCCCUGGAUUCCAAUUAUGCUGAUCAGGAGGUCUACCAAGAAGCUGUCAAGGCUCGUAUCGCUCUGGUGGAACAACUCUCUGCUCUGGAUGAAAACAUUAUUGAGUUGUUCUUAACACUGGAGGAUCAUAUGGCGAUUGAAGCAAAGGACCUGCAGGCUGCUAUCCGCCGUCUAACUUUGUCCUCGACCAUCGUCCCCGUUCUUUGCGGAGCCAGUUUCAGGAACAUUGGAGUUCAGCCCCUCAUGGAUUCGGUGGUCGAUUAUUUGCCCUCACCCGAGGAGAGGCCCGCAGCACUGGGUCGCAUGUCAGACGGAAAGGCUGUCGAAAUUGGAAACGGCGGACCAAAGGAGAGACUCUGUGCUUUGGCCUUCAAGGUCGUACACGAUGCCCGCCGGGGACCUAUGGUUUUUGUCCGUGUCUAUGCCGGUCAGUUGAACGAACGUGCUCAGCUCUGGAACAGCUCGACCCACACCAAGGAGAGAGCCAACAAAUUGUUGCAGAUGUAUGCCAUGGACGUUGAGGAGAUCCCUCAUAUCACCAAAGGAAACAUCGGUGUCGUUCUGGGUCUCAAGGAUACAAGGACGGGAGAUACAUUGCUGGAUGGCCAUGACCCUCGCAAGGGACUUGCACUCAGCGGAAUCAAGGUCCCAUCGCCUGUGUUCUUUGCCAGCAUUGAGCCCAUGUCGAGCUCGGACGAGAAGCCUGUGGAGGAGGCGAUCAAGGCACUUAUCCGAGAGGACCCCUCUUUGGGUAUGCGUGUAGAUGAGGAAACUGGUCAGACUCUGUUGGGUGGAAUGGGUGAGCUACAUUUGGAGGUCGCCAAAGAAAGGCUGGUGAGCGAUUUCAAGGUCAAGGCCGAGAUGGGUCGCAUGAGGAUAUCGUUCAAGGAGACGAUGCGCGGCGCUGGUGUCGUUUCAGAGGUUCCUGCAUGGGAGUAUGAUCGUGAGAUUCUUGGCAAACGAGGUCGUGCUAGGGUCGGUGUCACUGUUGAGCGCCUGGAGCGGUUUGACGAUCAGGAGGACGAACGUGUACCCGAGAGCGACAGUAGCUCGUCAAAGGCGGAGGUUGACAAGAAAGGCAAGAAGGGUCAGGCCGAUGCAGCCAUCCACAUGGGGCCAGAGGAGUAUGACGGCAACGAGAUCAUUGUCUCGCUUUCGGAGCAGUCGCCGAGCACGGACGAGGCAGGAACACUUGCAGCAGCCGAGAAGGCUGCGGCCACAGGAACUGUGAUUCCAUCAGGAUCGACCGACUUGCCCAUCCCCGUGUUGAGGACUUCGAUCAAGAACGGUAUUCUCUCUGCACUCUCUCGAGGACCUUUGCUUGGUUAUGCGCAGACACAUCUCAAGGUCAGCCUGACAGAUUUGCAUCUCUAUGGUGGAGAGUCUACUCCAGCAGCGAUCUCAUCUUGUGUGGCCGCGGCUGUGACGGAGGCCAUUCGGUUAGGAGGCAACCCUUCGACCGGUGACACCGACAGCAACUCGGUCCUGCUUGAGCCCAUUAUGGAUGUCCGUGUCGAGGUGGCCGAAAAGGAUGUCGGCACAGUCAUUGGUGACAUUAGUGGAACGAGGCGAGGCCGUGUCCUGAGUCUAGGUCAAGACGACGACAGCGCCGCUCAGCAAGAAGAGGACGAGACUGAGUUCCAGCUGUACGCGCCUCCCGAUUCAACAUACACCGGACCUGGCUCUGCUAGCUCGUCAUCUUCAUCUUCAGCGGACGCUGUUGGAACCAUGUCGGACCGGCGGUCGAUUCGUGCCCAGGUGCCACUUUCAUCGAUGCUGGGAUAUGAUGCUGCGCUAAGGGCUUUGACGGGUGGUACGGGCAAGUUUGCGAUGGAGGUCAUUGGGUAUGGCGAGAUGGACUUUGACCGGCAACGUGACCUCAUUAAGGAGAUGCGUGGAGGAUAG